AUGAAGAAGUUGUUCAAGUUGGCGUCCAAGUUCCACGGCGUGGGGCCCGUGGUCUUCGCGUGGCACCCGAACGGGACGUUCCUGGCAACGGCCGGCAAGAACGGACUGGUCCACAUCUUCGACCGGCAGGGUGAGCAGCAUGACGAGAUUGGUCUGGACCUGACCGCUCCGGUGAUCGCGCUGGAAUGGGACACGGAGGGCAGUACACUCGCCAUUCUGCAGCAGGGGAGCAGUGUCGUCCCGCUAUGGGAUAACGGCACGCGCUCUACGUUGAGUCUGGACACCAACCUGAAGGAUCCGACGUUCGCUCGAUGGUCACGGGAGGGCUCGCUCCUGGCUGUGGGCACCCAGAAGGGCAACCUCGUGCUCUACAGUAAGAUCACGCGCAAGCUCGUCCCCGUGGUGGGGAAACACUCGCGCCGCAUCCUGUGCGGAUCGUGGAACGGGGACGACAAACUCGUGUUGGGAGGGGAAGACCGGAUGCUCACGGUCAGCAACCCACAGGGUGACACCAUUGAGCAGCGCGAGCUGAGCCACACACCAUGGGACAUCAAGUUCGGUCGGAAGCGUGGUGACUCCAUCAAGGCAGCAGAGCAGUUGAUUGCGAUCGCGCUGUCCAAGGCGAUCAUCCUCUUCAACCUGCAGGAUCCGGCAAACCCCGUCGAGCUCACCUUCCAGACGCACUACGGCAAUAUUAUCUUCAUCGAGUGGUUCGCAGACGGCAUGAUCAUGACCGCCUUUUCGGAGGGGUAUCUCAUCGUCAUCUCCACCAAGAUUGAUGAGGUGGGCGAGGAGCUGCAGUCCCAACGCUUCUUCUCGGAGCGAAUCUUCACUGCGUGUUACUCGCAGACGCUGGAUCGAGUGGCUCUCAGUGGUGAGAGCGGCAUCAAAGUGAUCGAUAUGACGACCUUUACUGAGGUCGCUGCAGACUCCAUCAAACUCUCGGAUACCGAGGAAAACGAGGCUCAUUUGAUGAGUUUCGCGUCCGACGGGCAGAUUUUGACCGUAGCGACUCAGGGCGGGACGGUGCUCAACUUCUUGGCGAGGAUGCCUCGCAUCCACGACCACUACGGCCACUACGUCGCGUACCUCAGCUCGUUACGUGAGCUAAGCGUGGUCGACACGCGCCGUAAUGAGUCCGGGAGCAGCAGCAGUGGUGCAAUUCGCAUCGCACUGUCCGUGGAGCCUUCGUUUGUAGCCAUCGGACCUCGUCACGUUGCUGUUGGGAUGAACAACCGCGUGUGGUUCUACCGCUGCGACGGGUCUUCAGCCGAUGCGCUGGUCAACGAGCAGCAAUACCUCGGCCGAGUCACCAGCAUGAAGCUGAACCGUGACUACGCCGUUGUGCUUUGCGACGGUAAAGCGAGUCUUCACCUGAUUGAACCGGGAGGUAGUACCAGUGGCUCGAACUCGCCCACAAAUGGCGGGGAGCUGCAGGGAGAGCACGGUAAAGUCUUCUCCGGUGGAGGUCGAGACGAGCGCAACAGUGAGAUCAGCGCCGUGGCCCUGACGAAGGAUUUCUUCAUCUACUCGACCACCAACGGCACGGGCUCGAUCCAGUUCUUCUACCUGAACGCCUGGCAGUUCCUCGACGGCUGCGCGUAUCGCCACGAAGACGGCGUGGGGAUCGUGCAGCUCGUACCGAACAAGAACGGCACGCGGAUCUUCUUCCUGGACACUAAGCGCCGCGGGUAUAUCCUCAACGCAGCCACGCGCGAGACCAUGAGCGUGCCCAACCUGCCGACCAGCACCACGGGCGUGCUUUGGGACAUGGUGGAUCAGCAGGUGUUCGUGGCACUCCAGCCCAAGGAAAUGGGCGUCUUCCAGUUGGCAGACGCCACGAUUCGCGGGCCUGAAGUCACGCAGCUUGGGGUUCUGGAGGUGCUGCCCGAUGGAGACGUACUCAUCGCCCCGCAGACAACACCCGUGCCGUCCGACUUGGAGCCCAUUCUCGUAAGUGACGGGAUUGUUACGUGCCAACACGCUUCAGGCGGCGGCCGGUUGGCUUCUUUGACCGCAGUGACUCACGACCAGCUCCGCAAGGUUCCUCCCACCUCAACUGGAGGCGGUGAGCCCGAGAAAGCGGCCUUCAGACAGAACCUCAGCCUUCUACGUCUCGAUGAAGCUUGGAGACUUGCGUCACGUAUCGAUCAACGAGACUACUGGCUCGCUCUCGCUGGGCGUGCAAUGCACACGCUCGAUAUCCCUGCAGCUCGUCGGGCCUAUCGGUCGCUUGGAGACUCGGGCAUGGUACUCGGUCUAGACCGUCUAGCAGAUAUCGAGGAGAAGAACCUACUGGCGGGCCACGUGUGCAUGCUGUUUGGCGACUACAGCGAAGCUCGUCGCCUCUUCUUGAACUCUAGCGACCCGUUGGCAGCUCUACACAUGCAGCGGCACUUGUUGCAAUGGGAGCAAGCACUGAAGCUGGCGGAUUCUCUCUCGCGCGACCUCGUACCGGAGCUCAGCGCUGCAUACGCUACUCAACUCGAAUUCCGAGGCGAGUUUGACGCCGCGCUCAGGAUGUAUGGGCACGCGGCCAAUGCGAUCGAGAGUAUCAGUCGAGAUGAAACUCUUGCCAAGACCCCGGAACCUGAAGCGGCUGCCAAGCUCAAGAUCCAGAGUCUCGCGGGUGUUGCUCGAUGCACCUUUCGCUUGGGAGAUCUUCGUCGCGGCGUUAAGUUGGUGACGGAGCUGGGCGACUCAGCAGUGUUCAAAGAGUGCGCCGCCAUCUUGGAGUCGAUGAAGCAAACGGCCGAAGCUGCAGCGUUGUAUGAACAGGGUGGCCAGGUGGAGAAGGCUGCUCAGCUCUUUGUGCAGAUGAAGAACCUGGCCCGAGCCGCGCCGCUCAUGGCCCGAGUCAAGGCUUCUAAAGUGCACGCGCAGUUUGCUCGGGCCAAAGAGGCCGCAGGUGAAUUCGCCGCAGCCGCUGAAGCGUACGAGCGAGCUGGAGAAAUGGACAACGUCGUCCGUCUGCAGCUCGAGCAUCUUGACGGCGCCGAGCGCGCGUUUGAGAUCGUUCGCGAGACGAAAUCGUCCGAAGGAGCGUUGUCGGCCGCGCGCUACUGCUCCGAAGCUGGUCGUUAUCCGAACGCCAUUGAGUUCCUGCUGCUGGCCAACAAGGAAGACGAGGCCUUUGCUUUGGCGCAGCAGCACGGCGAGGUGGAGUGUUUCGCCUCAACAUUGGGCCAGGAGAACAUGUCUGCGUCGAGGGCCUCACAACUGGCCGAGCACUACGAGAAGACGUCGCCCGAGCGCGCGGCCGAGUUCUACCAAGCCGCUGGAAAUUACCACAAGGCGCUCAAGCUGCUACUGGCGUGCAGUGCUGCAGGCGGGGGCGGAGCGGGGGGAAGUGGUUCAGCUGCGGACACGGCACUUGUUCGCGCGAUUGAAGUCGUGGGAGCAGCGCGCAACGAUAUGCUCACGCACACGCUGAUCGAUCAUUUAAUGGGCGAGCAAGACGGCAUCCCCAAGGACCCGCAUCAUAUCUUCCGGUUGUACUUGGCCCUGGGCAACUACACUCAAGCGGCCAAGACUGCAGUGAUCAUCGCGCGUCAGGAGCAAGAGCUGGGCAACUACAAGUUGGCCCGCGAUGUGUUGGUGGAGACGUCGCGUCAACUCCGUGCGCGUCGCCUUCGAGUGGCCCGAGAGCUACAAAACGCGCUGGCGCUGCUGCACAGCUACGUGUUGGUCAAGAAGCUCGUCAAGCGAUCGCAGCACGGCCCGGCCGCACGGAUGCUCGUUCGAGUGGCCCAGCACUUGUCCAAGUUCCCCACACAUGCGGCCAACAUCCUCAUCUCUGCAGUCAUCGAGUGCCAGCGCGCGGGUCUGCGCGCGUACAGCUACGACUUCGCCGCGACCUUGAUGCGCACGCCCGAGUAUCGCGGCUCGAUGGACAAGGACAUCCGUCGCAAGAUCGAGGCCAUCGUCCGACGCCCCAACAAGGAGCAAGCGCCCGACGUGCGAACGCCGUGCCCGUACUGCUCGCACGAACUGGCCGAGGCCGACCUGGAUUGCCCCACAUGCAAGAAUUCCAUCCCGUACUGCAUCGUGACGGUGAGUUGA